AAUCAUGUCAUGUGUUCUUCCUGGUGUGGGUAUGGAUUUUCUGCUUUGGUGUCUGUCUUUUAUUGCAAUAUGUUCUGUAGUUUGGUUCUGUUAAAAUUUGUAACCAUGGUACGGUGUCCGAUGAAUAUACCCAAGAGUGCUUGGCAUACACCAAGAGAGCAAAGAACAUGAAAUCCCCAAAGGUCUAUUCAUCGGACAGCAUUCCAUGGUGUCAUGGGCACUCUAGGGUCUAUUCAUCAUGGUCCACAAAUAUACUAUCUAUCCAGUAAAUGGAGAAACAUACACCAAGAAUGCAAAGAACAUGAAAUCCCCAAAGGAAUUACCCAGCCAGAAAACAUGCUUGACAGCCUAAGACUGCUCAUCUUUAAGGAUUCUUAAAUUGCAUUAAUCUCUCAAGUCUCAAUACCACAUAUGCUAAAGGAAAUCCUUAAAUACUCUCUCCAUCUUGGUGUUUUCAUCCAGUUUCUUUAUGGCACACAUACCAAGAGAAGGAAAGAAGUAGAGGGAAAUGUCUAAAAUACCCUCAUUAUCCAAAACAAGGGCACAUAGAAUUGAAAUUAUCAAGAUUAGAAGUUUGGAUUUUCCUCUGUCUCUUUCUUUGAAACCCCUGACGUCUCCCUUCGUUGACGGGGUUCGUCGCCAUCGUCCUUGCAAAAAUUACAAAAAUCGACAGCACACUAUUUCAUGAAAUUGGUGGUGUUCUAUCAUUGACAUACUCGGUAACAUAAAAAUGGAUCUUGCUGCUGCCUUCUUCAUCGUUGUCAUCGUCACUUUUUUUCUUUGAUUUGUAGAGAUGGAUCUCGUUAGAGUAAAGAGAUCUUGCGUGAGGGAGAUCUGAGCAGGAGAGCAGACGGAGAUCUUAAAAGAAACAAAAAUUACUCCAAAUUGAUAUCGUCUUUUAAUUUCUUUGUAGCUGGCAUCAACACUUCUUUUGUUGCCGGCGUAGUGGUCUUCUUCGUUUGUAUAAUUACUCCACGUUUAGUUAGUCCUGGUUAGGGUCAAGAUCUCUUUCUUCCAUAUCAAGUUCUUUGUCGCCAGGUGCUUUGAUGGGAGUAAGUACUUGUACACCAACAACCCAGUAGAAUCUGACAGAAGUAGGGUCUGGGGAGGGCAUGUGGGUGCAAACCUGACCCCUACUUGAAAGUAGAGAGGCGGAGUGAGUAGUUGUAUGAGAAAAAAGAAGUAAUUAAAAUUUAAGUGAAGGGUAAAAGAGAUAAUUCAGUAUUACUAAAAAAGGAAUGUGGACCAGAACCGUGGGACGACCCAAAAAAGAAAUGUACACAAAAACAGUGGGAUGGAAGGAGUAUAAUCUAGCACAAUGUGCAAAAAAAUUGAGAUAAUAAAUUGAUUAAAGAAUUGUAGGAGUGAAUAUACAAGUCUCUAAUUUCCAGCACCAAUCUGAGCCCUGAAAUCUAUAUUUGCUUGACAGUCUUUAUUUUGCUAGAGUCCCUUAAUUUUAUCUGUCUCUAUCAUGUUGUAUGUAAAAUGUGGAUGGUAAAGGCCCAAGCACUGACUGUUCAAUGUGUUUGUGUCUUUCUCGCCUUUGGCUUAUCACUUAUGAAUGAGAUUAUUUACUGUGAAAAAGAGGUCAACUACAAAAUUUUGAUCAGCUGAGACGAAGGGGGUAAGAAUAACCUGAAGUGGAAGAGCUGCAUGAAUGCCGGAUUCUUGUUUUCAUUUAGCUUAAUUUUACUAAGCUUACAUAUUCCAUCAAUUUCUACACGUAAUGUUUUAGUCUGAUUUUGUUUUCUCAACAGAAUGACAUUUAUAUAUGGCUCAUGUCAACAUGCUUUCUGUGGUUUGUUCUUGCAAUCUACUUGGACAACAUAGUUCCGAAUUCAUCUGGCGUGAGAAAAUCAAUUUUCUACUUCUUGAUUCCUGGUUACUGGACAGGAAAAGGUGGAGAUAAUGUAUCUGAGGGCAGUAUCUGUAAUUGUACCGGUGCAAUUCCGGAAUCAGAAAGUAGUGUUCCAGAUGAUGAGGAUGUUCUUGAAGAAGAAAACACAGUGAAACAACAAGCAAAUGAACGCAAAAUUGAUUCUACAGUAGCAGUUCAGUUAUGUGGCCUUGUGAAGAUGUAUCCAAGUUCAAGGAACAUUAGCUGUUGUAAUUGCAAAAUGAACUCACCUUAUCAUGCUCUGAAGGGCUUGUGGGUAAAUUUUGCCAAGGAUCAGCUGUUUUGUCUUCUUGGGCCCAAUGGGGCUGGAAAAACUACUAUUAUAAAUUGUUUGACUGGGAUAACACCUGUUACUGAUGGCGAUGCAUUAAUAUAUGGAUGCUCAAUCCGCAGCUCAACUGGCAUGUCAAAGAUUCGACAGAUGAUUGGUGUUUGUCCACAAUUUGAUAUUCUCUGGGAUGAGUUGUCAGGACAGGAGCACCUCCAACUCUUUGCCACCAUUAAAGGUUUAUCACCUGCUUCCAUAAAAUCGGUCGUGCACAAUGCAUUAGCUGAGGUUAAACUGACUGAUGCUGCCAGAAUGAGAGCUAGCAGUUACAGUGGAGGAAUGAGGCGGCGUCUCAGUGUUGCAAUAGCUCUUAUUGGCGAACCGAAAUUGGUUAUUCUAGAUGAACCGACAACCGGCAUGGAUCCAAUAACAAGACGACAUGUCUGGGAUAUAAUUGAGGGUGCAAAGAAAGGGCGUGCCAUCAUCUUAACCACUCAUUCUAUGGAAGAAGCUGAUAUUUUAAGUGAUCGCAUAGGCAUCAUGGCAAAGGGGAGACUUCGUUGCAUCGGGACUUCAAUAAGGUUGAAGUCAAAAUUUGGAACUGGUUUUAUUGCUAAUGUCAGUUUUUCUGGAGGGACAAGUACUACAGAAGACACUUUGCGUACAGAUCAACAUCAAGCAGUAAAACACUUCUUCAAAACUCAUUUAGAUGUGGUCCCUAAGGAAGAAAACAAAUCCUUUCUGACCUUUGUAAUUCCACAUGACAAGGAGAGCCUUUUGAUGGAGUUCUUCACGGAACUCAAAGACCGAGAAGGAGAAUUUGGAAUAUCAGACAUCCAACUAGGGCUCACAACACUGGAAGAGGUUUUCCUAAACAUUGCUAAGCAGGCCGAAUUGGAAAGUGCUGCAGCAGAGGGAAGUUUUGCUACUCUUACAUUGAACUCAGGGUCAUCUCUACAGAUACCGGUGGGGGCAAGAUAUAUUGGGAUUCCUGGGACAGAAUUUGCCGAAAACCACGGAGGUAUUAUGGUAAUAGUUAACUGGGAACAAGAUGAUUCUGGUAGAUUGUGCAUCUCCGGCCACUCAGAGGAGAUGCCAAUACCUCCUCAUAUUGAAAUGACAGCUUCUCCAAUGACCACUUCUGGUUGGGGCUUUAGACAACGGAGACAAAUUCGGGGAGUAGUAAUCGAUCCUGCACAAAUGAACUACACAAAUGUAAAUUGAUGAAUGACUUUAUUAUGCUAAUCACGCGACGGAAGGUAUACAACAACAGUAAACUCAAUAUAAUCCCAACUCCCUUGGUGUUUGUAGGAUAUACAAGAUAAUACUCCAUACUUCUUUUUCAUCUCAAUGGUUUGCUAUUACUCUCCCAUUGUCCAUUGUGAGGGUUCCUAGUUCCUAUCACAUGGUGGUGCCAAACAUGUUGAAUGAAAUAAAAUAAUUUGG